AUGUCUGGAUAUCCUGGCAGCGGAGGAGAGGGCAAUGGAUUGGAUUCCCUUUUUGCUCAGCUUCGCCAGCAGCAGACCAAGCAGCCCAAUUUAGAGCCUAGCUACAGCUAUUAUAACAACAACUCCAAUGCCUUCUAUGGUCAGCCAUCCCAGCCUCAACAGCCUCAUGCUUAUCAACAACCUUCGGUUUCGUCGCCUCUCCCGACGCCCCCAAUUGGCGCACAGUCACAACCUCACCAUAGCUCUGCCAUCUUGAGCCCCGUCGAGACUCCUGUCCAGCGCGUUCCUGCUGCUUCUGGCGGCGCAUCCAAUGCUGAUCGAACUUCAAAUUUGCUCAAUCUAUUGAAGUUCAGCCAACCAUCAUCUGCGGGUUCGCACAAUCAAACUGCUCCAAUCGGCACACCAUUGCCUCCGUCGCGUGAACCCUCUUUCGGUAGUAGAUCGAACUUCGGUGUCCCUGAUGUUCAAGGUCAGGUCAGCGCUUCAAACCAUGGCCAUGGAGGCUCCGAUCUGUUGGCAGCUUUAAUGGGAUCUCAGCAAGCCAAGCCUGCGCAACAGCCAGUUUCUAGCUUUGCGACAGUACCACAAACGUCUCAGUCUACGUUCGGCGCUGCGCCAGCAUCUCCAUCGGCGGAUACCCAAGCCUAUCUCCUUCAACUCUUGAAUCAACCCAAACCCCCUCAGUCGGAUAACACUCCUCAGUUGAAGCCGGUAAAGGUUUUGACACCUCCAAGCAAGGGUAGCUCUGAAGGCGAUGUCCGAGACCUUACUCAAACUUUACAGGAUGUCUCUCUUGAUAUGAGUAUGACGGGCUCAGCCGCGACUGAGUCUGUCCCUUCACAUGCCAAAGAAAAUGCACGACAACCUACCCCCAAGAGUGGCCCAGGCCUUUUCACAUAUGUCAAUCCUUUCGAGCAAUUGGCAGCAUCAUCUCCGCGCAUCCGCACCCCAAAGUCCUCCAAUCCUGGUCUUGGUGCUACGAGCGCCCCAAUUCCUGCCAUGCAAAUCCUGAAGCACCCUCGCCACGAAUCUCCCGAGAACACGCGCAGAGUCGAUGAGAGAAGUGGUAUCUCAAGUCCAGCAGACGCAAAGCGAAAGCUUGAAACGUCGUCACAACAGUCAUCGGCGCCACCUACACCUCUUCCAGACGGUCGCACACCACUUGAGGCUCUGAUCGGAAUCGGUGCAGCAGGAAACAAGGAGACCGUUCAAGAUGCCCUCAGUGGUGUUGGCAAUCAAGUCGAUAAAGAGGUUCAGGAAGCCAUUGCUCGUGCUGAGCGUGACGAAAGUCAAGCUGCCAUUGAGCAAGACCUAAGUGACAUGCUUGAUGCUACGACUGAGAGGGAGUUUGAAGACGCCGCUCAGGACGCAGCCAAGCUUAUCCAUAAAGAACUCAAAAAGCAAGAAAAUGAGGGUGCACUCGAUUCGCUACCUACCCCUAUUGCCGAAGAGGUCAGAGAUAUUAUUGGCGACGCCGCUCAUGGUCAUAUCGUAGACAGCUGGGAGAGCGCUGAUGCCGAAGAUAGUCCUAUCAAGGAAGAGGAACAGAACAUUGUAAAGGUCUAUAACUUCCCAAUGAAGCCAUGGAUUUCCAUCACCAUCAAAUCCACAGAGGAGACCCGCCCUAUCUUCCCAGAAGACAGUGUCAUGGAUAUCGCCCGUCUGAAAAAGGAAUUUGAUCAGAUUGAUCGUACUCUUUGCACCGCUUCACCCAACUUCAUCGUCUACGGCAUGUCCAAGAACGGAGGAGUUCGCAUAAUCAGACAGACUGAUGGGAAAGACGCCAGAAUCUUCACCGAGACUCAUGAUCGUAUUUUUAGUGUUGUCACGUCUUCGGCUUCAGCUGAUCAGAAAGAGUCUAUCAUCAGCACUGGCAUCAGCGGCACGGUCUACUGGACUAUGAUCAAGGAUGGAGAAGGCGAUCAUCUCGACGAUCCCAACCCGGAAAUGUAUGGUUUCGCCCUCCCUCCAAUCACGACUCAAGACACCGAAUCACCUGGUGGUUUGUUGAAGACAAGAGCAAGGAAGAGUGCAGCCCAUCCCGAUUUCUUUGCCGUUGGCCGUGGGAAAUAUAUUCACAUCAUUUGGCCAUCUGUCAUCUUGAAGAAGUCUUACCUGAAAAAUGGGAAGAACCGCACAGUUGACAUUGAGAAAUAUCUCGGACAACUUUCUCUGAAGAUCAACACUGGCAAAGCAGGGAAAGAUUUCACAUUCAGUGAAGAUGACACCAUGAUUGUUUCGCUAGACAAGGCAGGACGGGUCAAAUUUUGGGAUGUUCGCAGUCUUACUAGCCUUGAUAUCCUUUCAAACCCAUCUCAAUCGGCUCAUGUUGAGGUCAAGGAGCCCGUCACUACUUUCACCACUACUUCCCCAAACGAGAAGGCUUGGCCAACAUCUCUCCUAUUCGUUGAUAAACUUCGACCAUAUCAGCGUGGAGGUGCGUUGAGAUAUGUGAUUGUUGGCAUGAAGCAAAACCACACUCUUCAGUUGUGGGAUCUUGCUCUUGGAAAACCUGUCCAGGAGAUCCAUUUGCCACAUUCUAAAGAGUCGGAUGCUGUCUGCAGUGUUGUCUAUCACGCUGCUACAGGAAUGAUUGUUGUUGGUCAUCCCACUCGCAAUUCAAUAUAUUUCCUUCACCUCUCGGCACCGAAAUACAAUUUACCAAGGGGAGUUACGCAAGCUGAGUAUAUGGAGAGACUCAAUGCCGAUGAUCCUACAGUUCCAAAGCCUGAUUCCACGGCCGUCAUUAGUGGCAUGCGUGAGUACUCUUUUGCUGACAAGGGCAACCUCCGGAGCCUCGAUAUCUUGCAGAGCCCGACCACUCCUCCUAUUGACGGUGAGCCUGUGACAUUGUUUGAGCUUUAUGCAAUGCAUUCAAAGGGUGUCACUUGCCUGCUCAUCAAGCAAGCUGAUCUUGGAUGGACUUCGGACAGCAAAGUUCUCCACCCGGUCAUCGCUGACAAAGCUGGUGUGAUUUCCAUCGAGGUACUCAAGGAUAUCCCAACUACCUUAGUACCAGAAGUUAGUGAGCCUGUUCCAGCUCAAACACCUCUUCCGACACGGAUCGUUCCCCGUCCAGCGCCGAAGGAAUCUGCAAAGGAGACUCCUAAGAAGCCAAGCCAUGCGGAGGCAUCGUCAUCGAAAGUUGAAGAUAAGGCUGAGAAGAAGGAGUCUGCAACCUUUAAUGGCGGAUCGGCACAACCGAGCGUACCCGAGAAGUCGGAGAAGAAGAAGAGAAGAAAGGCAGGAAGUUCGUCAGAAACCACCACGCCAGGACCCAGUACCACUCAAUCUGCUCAAUCGUCCAAGACUAUUGUUCUCGACCCUUCUUCUCAUUCCAGGAAUGGAAUGGCUCCCAAGUCAAUUGCCAUUGCCAAUGCUGCUGCAAAUGCCCUUAAUGAACCUGGUGCUGUAGGAUCUCAAAACCUUAGUGAUGGUGCUAUCAAAGGCAUUGAAACCCGUAUCACUGCCGAGGUCAAGAAAGGAUUGGGUACCUCAUUCGACUCCUUGUACCAAACCAUUGCGGAUGAUCGACGAACUCAGGCUGCAGUUUCCGACGCUAAGCAGGAUGCUAUGCUCCGACUCGUCUCGAGUACACUUUCGGAGAACAUCGAAGCAACUCUGGGUCGCAUCAUUUCCUCCAGCAUUCAAACGUCCGUGCUUCCAGCCAUCUCCGAUGUCACUGUGAAGGCCGUUAAUGAGCAAGUCGGUACAAAGCUGAACUCUCAUCUUACCCAAUUACUGCCUAAGGAGCUCAAAAAGAACCUUCCUGAUGCUGUUGGACGAGCUCUGCAACAACCCCAGCUCUUGAAAUUGAUGUCCGACUCUCUUGCGAAGAGUGUAUCCUUCCAAGUUGAGGAACAAUUUGCUGUACUCCUCCAGGAUGUUGUCACUCCCGCUUUCACGAACUUGGCUAUUGCAACAUCCCAGAAGGUUGCCAAUGAUGUUCAACAACAGGCCGCUCAGCAGAUCGACACCAUUCAGCGCGAACGCCAGGCUGACAAUGCUAAGAUUGGUCAAUUGACACAACUUGUUACUAGUUUGACAGAGACAAUUUCUUCUAUGGCUUCUGCUCAGACUGAGUUCCAAGGCCAGUUUUUGAGACUUCAAAAUCAGGCAGCCGCUGAUAGGCAGCGAGCUCGCCAGGCGGAAGAGUCCCGUGAUUCUGUCUCGAAUCCGUCAAAUAUGGGCGGCAAUUCAAGCAGUGCACUUGUCCGACCAGUUGUUGAGAAGACGCCAGAGGAGUUGGAGUAUGAAGAGAUGUAUGAGAGCAUUAAGGGUGCUAUGGAUGCCGGUCAGUACGAAAGCGCCGUUAUCCAGUGGUUGCAAACCCGUCGAGAGCAGGAAUUCUUCGCGAAUUACUUUGCUGGUUUCAAUCCAGCAUUCAUUCGCCACCUGACUCCAUUAUUGCUACUCUCAUUGGGCGCCACGAUCAGCAUUGAGAUGAACGAUGCAUUCCUUGAGCAACGCAUAGGAUGGUUGGAGAUGGUCUUGACAUCCUUCUAUGAGCAGUCAAACAAUCUUGAGAACCAAGUUCGCGAGCUCAUUCCAAAGAUCAUGGGUAUCUAUAUCCAACGCCUAGAACAUCUGUUCAUGCGCAUCAGUAAUCUCUCGGCUCACGAUCCCGUCUUGAAGAGACUCUCCACCAUGGUGGCCUUGGCAAAUCGCAUCAACGGCGAACAGGGUCGAGACCCAAAUGCCCCAAACGCCAUGCCUAGCCCCGCAGCUUCUAUGAUGGGCCAUUCUCGCCAAUUCUCUUGA